AGUUGAGAUUCCACUAAACAUGUUUCUUUGCAACUUCGUUUUUCAUUUAAACAUAAGUCAUGUACGUUAACGUAGGUAAAUACAUGUGGAUCUAGCUCAUUCAUUUUAAUAGCUGCAUAGGGUUCCAAAGAACGUAUGAACAAUAAUUUUCUAGGUAUUUCUCAUCUGAUGCAUUUUUUUUCCACUACAAACAAUGCUGCAACGAUGAUCCUUGCGCAAACAUCCUCAUGAAUUGAUGCUUUAAUUUCUAAGGGGUUCUUUCCCCGAAAUAUGAUUACUGGGUCAAAGGGUAUGCUACACACAGUUUACAUUUUUUUACAGUUUAACACUGAGAGAUGAUUUUCUCCAGAUUUUUUCGUUUCCUUCUCGGCGUUUGUUUGUUCCGGGCACUUUCACUUUUCGAGUUCCAAGGAGGAGGUAGCCCGCGACGCCGACCGCGGGAAACACGAGUUGCAACCAGCAUCCUAGUUAGCGUGGAUGCAGGUGGCACUCUGGGGACGAGGGGUUUAGUGGGGAGCACUACACAGCCAGAGGCCGAGGCCCGAGAUUCAGCACGACGCUGGGCAAGUGACGGCCCCUCCCCGGCCUUGGUUCUCUUCUGCGUAGUCUGUGACUCUUAAACAGUAGGCUCAGCCUGGGCCUUGAGCUGGUGACCUCAAAUCUCGGCCUUUGUUGGCUCCCCCAGGACCGUAGGCUGCGCCUCACUCCCGCUCUGCCCCACUACUUCUCCUCCGCGCGGCCCCACCUUGUCACAGGAGUUGGCUCAACAAGGCGAGAGAGAGUAAAGCAACCACCAUAAUGAAUCCCUCCCACAGCUCGGUCAUUUAUUACUUCUGUCCGGCUUUGGCUCGCUCCCGCCCUUUUGGCUCGGCUAUCGAGUGCUCCUGCCUGAACCUGGCAAGUAACCUCGGAGCGCGCCCGUUCGGCCUAUCACUUGCUUCUGCCUGCGCCGCUCUCCCGCAGGGGCUGCGGUGAAAGCACAGCGCUCCUUGGCUCGGCCAGCAACUUAUGCGCCCUUUACCUGGAGCAGUCGCUUCCGGUUCCGGUAGCAGCUAGUCACGCUCGGUCCCAGGCACAGAUGAUGGCAGGCAGCCGGCUGGAAACCGUAGGGAGCAUCUUCUCGCGGACUCGGGACCUGGUUCGGGCCGGGGUGCUGAAGGAGAAGCCCCUGUGGUUUGACGUAUAUAACGCCUUUCCCCCGCUGAGGGAACCCGUCUUCCAAAGGCCCCGAGUGCGAUAUGGCAAAGCCAAAGCUCCCAUCCAGGACAUCUGGUACCACGAGGAUCGGAUUAGAGCGAAGUUUUAUUCAGUGUAUGGGUCUGGUCAAAGAGCUUUUGAUCUAUUCAAUCCAAACUUCAAGUCUACCUGUCAACGGUUUGUGGAGAAGUACACUGAACUACAGAAACUUGGAGAAACAGAUGAAGAGAAGUUAUUUGUGGAAACAGGGAAGGCUUUAUUGGCAGAAGGUGUCAUUUUAAGACGAGUAGGCGAAGCAAGGACUCAACACGAAGGUAGUCACGUUUCCCGGAAAUCCGAACACUUGAGUGUCAGACCACAGACUGCGUUGGAAGAAAACGAGACUCAGAAAGAAGUUCCACAGGACCAGCAUUUGGAGGCACCUGCAGACCAGUCGAAAAGUCUCUCGCCUCCCUGAAGGACCUGUAUACUGUGUAUGCUGGCAUUCACACUCUGCUCACUGGCUGAAUGUUGAGCUAUUUUUAAACAGUUGAACUGUGUAAAUGUUUCUUGAUCUCUAAGGUAUUAUGUUUGCCUUCUCUUAGUUAUUUCUAGGUUGUCAUAAAGCUCAGUAUCAUGGUUUGACAGAAGCAGUUAUGUGAACUUUUAUGUUAGGACAUUACUAAAUAAAGAAUUCCCUAGCUGCUUAUAAAGUAAAUUUACUUUGAAUUGUAAAUAACAUGGAGAAACCUUUAUAAAGAUUGUUCAAAUGGGACUCAAUCUGACUAGGCUUGCUUUGAUGUUUGUUAGUGUGUAGGCUGGCUACAUCUGAUUCCCGGGUACAUAUUUCUUCUGAUCCAUCAGACUUCUACACAUAUACAUGGCAUGGAACCUUGGCUAGCUGCUUUUGUCUGCAGAGAAUCUUUGUACUUCUUGCUAUGGAACGAUUGUCUCUCCACUUCAGAGGCCAAGCUGACUUGCGCUUUGUGGUAAGAGUGAGGACCUGUCAUUGCUGAUGCACAAAGGCCAAAACUGUAACUUUAAUGUCAUGGAUUGAGUGUGCUGGAGACAGUUAACAUAGGCCUGCACAGACUAGGCUGUUCAGUAAAUACUUGUUGAAUGAACGAGUGAACAAAUGGUUAUAUCCAGCUAAAGACUGGAUUCAUAUGGUGUAGAUAACAGGAUUGCCAAGAAAGGAGGCAACUAAUUUAGGUGAUGCUCUCCACCAGCAUCCACCUGCCUCCCUGGGGCCAAAGUGUGCCUACAAGUCCGUAUCAGCUGCCCUGCCUUCCACAUUUCCCCAGGUUUUACUAAAUACAUGAAAUAUCCCUCUGAGAUUGCAGCCUUUGUAUAUGUGGUCAAGCCAGUGGUUUUCAGCUCUUAGUAGUAAGCUGCUUCAGAAAUUCCCUAUUUUGAAACUCAUGUAGAUUUUCUACCCAGUGGUUCUUUGUGUAUGGUCUCAUCUGUCCUGGUACACUGUGAGGCAGGUCCACACCUCACAGUCUGUACGUGGUACACAUCCAUGCACGUGGGUGCUUGGUUCAUGCAGGUGAAUGAAUACAUGAGGCAAAAGCAGCUCUCAGCUGUGCUGCUUCCCCCUCGACCUUUAUCACUGUUUCACAAUUGCUUGCAUUUGGAGAAUGCUUUACUUUUCGGUAGGGAAGUAUAUUUCAUCCAUUCAAAGACAUUACACAACCAUUGAGACCAAACAUCGGGCCAGACCUUGGGAAGAGGACUUAAAAAGCAGGUGACAGACACAGUCUGCUCUCAGAGGAACAAUUGAGGGGUCACUCAUCUCUUUAAACCUUAGGUUUCUGGGUUUCUAAGGGCAGGUUUUUUUUUUUGCCACAAUGAUGAAGACUUGAAAAAAUGUUUUUUUCCUUCAUGUCAGGAUUGAUGUCCCAUUUUUGUUUGUUUUCCUCCUCUGUAGAUUUUUAAAUUUUAUUUAUUUAUUUUUUUUUUUGUGAUGGAGUAUCACUCUGUUUCCCAGGCUGGAGUACAAUGGAGCCAUCUUGGCCCACUGCAACCUCCACCUCCCAGGUUCAAGCAGUUCUCCUGCCUCAGCCCCCUGAGUAGCUGGGAUUACAGGUGUAUGCCAUGACGCCCAGCUAAUUUUUGUAUUUUUAGUAGAGACAGGGUUUUACCAUGUUGCCCAGGCUGAUCUCAAACUGCUGGCCUCAAGUGAUGCACCUGCCUCAGCCUCCCAAAAUGCUGGGAUUACAGGUGUGAGCCACCAUGCCUGGCCUUAAUUUUUUUUUAAAUUUUAUCUUAGGAGAUGGGGGUCUCACUGUGUCACCCAGGCUGGGUGCAGUGGUGCAUAGCCUGCUGCAGUCUUACCUCCUGGGCUGAGGCCAUCCUGGCUCACCUCCCAAAUAGCUAGGACUACAGGCAUGUGCCACCACGCCUGGCUCUUUAACUUUUUUUUUUUUUUUUGUAGAGAUGGAGUCUUGCUAUGUUGCCCAGGCUGGCCUGGUCUCAAACUCCUGGCCUCAAGUGAUCCUCCUGCCUCAGCCACCCAAAGUGCUGGGAUUACAGGCCUGAGCCACUGUACUGGGGCCGAGGACUUUUAAAGAAGUUAUUUGUUGCAUAAUUCUUUAAAAAAAAUUAUACAUGCACAUGGUUCAAAACUUAAUAGCAAAAAGCUAGUCUCCCACCGCUGUUCCCCAGCCACCCAUUUUCCCUUCCCUGAGGCCACCACUCUCACCAUUUCCUUGUGUGCUCUUCUGGAAAUAUUUUGGGCAUGGAUGGGACACUAUGCAUACCAUUCUGUACCUUGCUUUUCUAGUUAAUACGUCUCAGAGAUCCACUGUGGUUUAAUCAGUGCCCGAUUGAAGAAAAUGUUCUUUGUUUUACUGUGUUGCAAAUAGGCUGCUAGAGUUAUGGGAUGCCGGAUCAAGGAGUAGAUCAUUUUGAGUUUUGAUAUCUUCGUCCAUAGAAAUUGUGCUUAACUAUACUCUCAUAGCAGUGUAUGAAAAUGCGUUCCCCCACACAUUCUGAUCUCGUUAAACCAGACUGGGACUGGGACUCUGGACCAGAAGGGAAAGACCAUCCCUGUAUAGCAAAUUUCUGGAUGGGGAAAAAGCUGCUGUCACUCAUUGACUUCUUUAGGUUGAGUCUUAGUGAUCAAAGCAUAGUGAAAGAUGUGAAGCUUACUUUGGAAACUCAGAACUAUUUCCACAGUUUGGGCAAAAGCUGUCAUCAGAUCCCCAUCACGUUUUGGAGAGAAUGGAAGCAUGACCACAUUCUUGGCUUUAAAGAGCUUAAAAUCAGGCUGGGCUCCAUGGCUCACGCCUGUAAUCCCAGCACUUUGGGAGGCCAAGGUGGGUGGAUCACCUGAGGUCAGGAGUUCGAGACCAGCCUGGCCAACAUAGUGAAACCCUCAUCUUUACUAAAAAUACAAAACAAUUAGCUGGGUGUGGGGGUGUGUGCCUGUAAUACCAGCUACCCGGGAGGCUGAGGCAGGAGAAUCGCUGGAACCCAGGAGGCAGAGGCUGCAGUUGAGCCGAGAUUGUGCCACUGCACUCCAGCUUGGGGGAAGAGCAAGACCCUGUCUCAAAAAAAAAAAAAAAAGCUUAAAAUCGAGUUGGGUCUACAAGAGUGACUUGUGAAACAGCAAGAUGAACAGGAAUCCUUUUAAACUCUGAUAUAAAAGUACAGUAGAGGUUCAGGGGCAAGGAAUCAGUUCUGGAUUUGUCUAGGAGUACUGCGUGAGAGCCUGGAAAGGCAGUGGGAUGGACAUGUACAUGCAGUUUCUUUGGCCAGGAACACCCUCCCUUCUGCCAUGGUCUGUAGGAAUUGAACCUUCCGUGCCCUUUUCAAAUGCUGUCUGUGCUCAGAAACUACAUCAUAUCAAGUCCCUUACUGAGCCCCCUACAGAUUGUGUUCAUAAGGUGCUUCACUGCUCUUGGUCUACCUGGCCUACUGUUUGUACUCCUGCCUCAUUUACUGUGGCCUUCAUAAGAAUAUAGGGUGGGCGUGGUGGCUCAUGUCAUCCCAGCACUUUGGCAAGCCAAGAUGGGUAGAUCACCUGAAGUCAGGAGUUUGAGACCAGCCUGGGCAACAUGAUGAAACCCUGUCUCUACUAAAAAUACAAAAGUUAGCCGGGUGUGGUGGCAGCCUCCUGUAAUCCCAACUACUCGGCAGGCUGAGGCAGGAGAAUCGCUUGAACGCAGGAGGUGGAGGUUACAGUGAGCUGAGAUCAUGCUACAGCACCCCAGCCUGGGCGACAGAGGAGAUGCCGUCUCAAAAAAAAAAAAGGUAGUAUAAAGGAGAGCAGAAAUUCUUAUCUUUUAAUCCAUUGAAACAUUAAACAGCCUUUCAGGAGCAGACCCUCCUACGGGUUUGCGGAAUCCAAGGCGAGGAAGGCAUAUAUCCAGGUUACAGUGAAGUUUGCACCAGACAAGUAAUGGAGAUUUGGGUUCUAGAUCUGGAUACUCCAGGCAGUUUUUACUGUCUGACCCUGUGCCUCUCACAGUCAGCCUGUAAAAUGUGGACAAUGUUUGCCUUUUCUAGUCACCUCAGUGACUAGAAAACAGCAGCAUCACUAACACCCACUUGGUGACGUGGAACUGGUGCUGUCCGGGGAGAGAGCUUCAGUUGUCAACCUACCAAGUUGAAGGUGAUGGUGCUAUGUCCAAGUGGCAGACAGAGAUAAGGGAUAGGUGUCUACAGGAGCAAGAUUUGGAGCCAGGAGAAGAAAUGAGCGCUCCAAGGGUAGUGGAGAGAGACCCAGGAUGUUGGGGGCUGGCAGGUAAAUGCUUUAAGUGAUAGAAUAGGAGGAAUGAGAAAGCCAGCAAAAGAAAUUAACGUCCCACGUCUUCCAUCAUCUAUAUGUCCAGACUUGUUUAAGUGGUCCCGGAUUCACCACAUUUUAUAGAGCUCUGCCUCUGUCUUUAUUGGGUAGGCCUGAUUUUUGAUGAUGUCCUUAAAAGGCUAGCCUGAUUCUUCUUGUAGUUUUGUAGAACACUUUGUAUCGAGAGUUCUCUGAUAAUGAAAGUGGUAUUACAGAAUAAUCUGCCCCCGAAGGAUUCCUGAUUUUGUUAAAGUGAUGCCUUUCUCUGUAAAUAAAUGAUGGCGUGCCACUUAAAAA